AUGGACCUCCUGUUUGGGCGCCGGAAGACGCCGGAGGAGCUGCUGCGGCAGAACCAGCGGGCGCUGACCCGCGCCAUGCGGGAGCUGGACCGCGAGCGCCAGAAGCUCGAGGCGCAGGAGAAGAAGAUCAUCGUGGACAUCAAGAAGAUGGCCAAGCAGGGACAGAUGGACGCGGUGAAGAUCAUGGCCAAGGACCUGGUGCGGACACGGCGCUACGUCAAAAAGUUCAUCACUAUGAGGGCCAACGUCCAGGCCGUGUCCCUCAAGAUCCAGACCCUCAAGUCCAACAACUCCAUGGCCCAGGCCAUGAAAGGUGUCACCAAGGCCAUGGCCACCAUGAACCGACAGCUGAAGCUGCCCCAGAUCCAGAAGAUCAUGAUGGAGUUUGAGAAGCAGGCGGAGAUCAUGGACAUGAAGGAGGAGCUGAUGAACGAUGCCAUCGAUGACGCCAUGGGGGACGAGGACGAUGAGGAGGAGAG